CGGAAGUUGAGCGGUGACGCCCAGGGAUGGCGGAGGCCAUGGAGGGCCCUGGCCUCUCCAAGCUGCAGUUCGCUCCCUUUAGCAGUGCCCUGGAUGUUGGGUUCUGGCACGAGCUGACUCAGAAGAAGCUGAAUGAAUUCCGGUUGGAUGAAACGCCCAAGGACAUAAAGGGCUACUACUACAAUGGGGAUUCUGCUGGACUGCCAGCUCGCUUAACCUUGGAGUUCAGUGCUUUUGACAUGGGUGCUCCCACACCGGCCCACUGCUGCCCUGCGGUUGGAACUCUGUACAUCACCAACACCCUUGAGGCUUUCAAAGCUGCAGAUAAGAAGCUGCUCUUGGACCAGGCAGCGAAUGAGAUCUGGGAGUCCAUCAAAUCAGGUGCAGCUCUGGAGAACCCAGUCCUCCUCAAUAAGUUCCUUCUAUUGACGUUUGCAGAUCUCAAGAAGUACCACUUCUACUACUGGUUUUGCUCUCCUGCCCUCUGUCUUCCAGAGAGUGUCCCCCUCAUUCAGGGACCUGUGGGCUUGGAUCAGAGGUUUUCACCCAAACAGAUCCAAGCCCUGGAGCGUGCAUAUGAUGGCCUCUGUGAGAGCGAGGGUGUCCCAGCCUUGCCAUACUUCCUGAUCAAGUACGAUGAAGACCAAGUGCAGGUGUCCUUGCUCAAGCACUACAGUGAUUUCUUCCACGGUCAAAGGAUAAAGAUAACAAUCGGCGUCUAUGAUCCCUGUAAUUUAGCCCAAUACCCUGGAUGGCCUUUGAGGAAUUUUUUGGUCCUAGCAGCGCACAGAUGGAGCAGCAGUGUCCAGUCGGUGGAGGUUCUCUGCUUCCGGGACCGAACCUUGCAAGGUGUUCGGGGAGUGGCCCACAGCAUCGUCUUUGAGGUGAAGCUUCCGGAAAUGGCGUUCAGCCCAGAUUGCCCCAAAGCCGUAGGCUGGGAAAAGAACCAGAAAGGAGGGAUGGGCCCCAGGAUGGUGAACCUCAGCGAGUGCAUGGACCCCAAAAGGUUGGCCGAAUCAUCUGUGGAUCUAAAUCUCAAGUUGAUGUGCUGGAGGUUGGUCCCUACCUUGGACCUCGACAAGGUCAUGUCAGCCAGAUGUCUGCUGCUUGGAGCCGGCACCUUAGGUUGUAAUGUGGCCAGGACCUUGAUGGGUUGGGGCGUCAGACACAUCACGUUUGUAGACAACGCCAAGAUCUCCUACUCCAAUCCCGUGAGGCAGCCACUGUAUGAAUUUGAAGACUGCCUGAUGGGUGGUAAGCCCAAGGCGGUGGCGGCUGCAGAUCGUCUUCAGAAGAUCUUUCCCGGAGUGAAUGCCAGAGGCUUCGACAUGAGCAUCCCCAUGCCAGGGCACCCCGUGAACUCCUCCAGCGUGAUCCUGGAGCAAGCCCGCAGGGACGUACAACAGCUCGAGCAGCUCAUCGAGAGCCACGACGUCGUUUUCCUGCUGAUGGAUACUAGGGAGAGCCGCUGGCUUCCUGCAGUCAUAGCUGCCAGCAAGAGGAAGCUGGUCAUCAAUGCUGCCCUGGGCUUUGACACAUUUGUGGUCAUGAGACAUGGCCUUAAGAAGCCUAAGCAACAGGGAGCUGGCGACUUGUGUCCUAAUCACCCGAUGGCCUCUGCCGACCUCCUGGGAUCCUCGCUUUUUGCCAACAUCCCUGGCUACAAACUUGGCUGCUAUUUCUGCAAUGAUGUGGUGGCACCAGGAGAUUCCACCAGGGACCGGACCUUGGACCAACAGUGUACUGUGAGCCGACCAGGACUGGCAAUGAUCGCCGGUGCCCUGGCUGUGGAAUUGAUGGUGUCCGUACUGCAGCAUCCAGAAGGGGGCUAUGCCAUUGCCAGCAGCAGCGACGACCGCAUGAACGAGCCCCCGACCUCUUUGGGGCUGGUGCCUCACCAGAUCCGUGGGUUCCUGUCACGGUUCGACAACGUCCUUCCUGUCAGCCUGGCCUUCGACAAGUGCACGGCUUGUUCUUCCAAAGUUCUUGAUCAAUAUGAGCGAGAAGGAUUCAAUUUCUUAGCCAAGGUGUUCAAUUCUUCACAUUCUUUCUUAGAAGACUUGACCGGCCUCACUUUACUGCAUCAGGAGACCCAGGCUGCAGAGAUCUGGGACAUGAGUGAUGACGAGACGAUCUGACUGGCUCCCUGCUUCUCUCUGCUGAGGAGACACACACACAUACCUGCUGUCACCAGAUCAGAACCCUGUGCACCCCAACCUCAUUGGAUCCCUUCAUGCCGCACCUCCAGGAUGGGACCCACCCCCCCUUCCUAUGCUUUCCAGGAGCUUCUGGUCUUUUCCAUCUUGAGUCCUGGCCCCAUCUGUCCUGAGCACAAUAAUCAACUUGGCUUUGGCUCCGGC